AUUAUCAUAAUGAUUGUUUUACCCAGCAUUCCACUGCUGCCUCCCGGAAAAAGAAAACGCAUGGAUUUACGUGUUUACAAUCUCUCGUAACCCAAUGCAGCCAAUAAGCUAAAGUUUGACGGUGCUCUUGGUUUAAGAAACAAGUGUUGUUGCUUUUUCAUGCAAGAGAAAAUGAUGACACGUUUUUUUUCUCUUACUAACUGACAGUAUGUAACGUUAGUGGUUGCAUGCUGUAUAGGAGGCGGAGUAGCCAAUCUGUCGCAUUGCCAGGCAACAACGGGUUUGGAAGUGGGACACGAGAACAGAUGGCGCAUCUACGCUGUGCGCGACUAGGACACCCACAGUGUCGGGUAGGUUAGUAGGGCCAGCAAAUCGGGUGCUGCAGCCUGGGUGGCACGUAUUAGUAACAAUCAAAAUGUCCGAGCGUAUUGGAUAAUAUCAAACCGCAUAAUUUCUUGUUGCCCCUGAAACGUUUUUUGCCUGGGUCUAUUUUGGCGCGGUUAAUGGAAUACAUGCAAAGACUCCACCGCCUAUAACUAAUCUGAGAGGAAGAGGCGAAGCCUUUAAUCUCCUAUUUGACGCGUCUCCGUUGGUAAACAAUGGUUGACAACCGCUACGCCACGGCAUUGGUUAUCAGCAGUGUUCUCAGCCUGCUGGCUACCGUGUACCUGUCUGUGGCGGUUGGGACGCAGCACUGGUACCAAUACACAAGUCCGCCGGUGCGCGGCGAGGCUAACGUGUCCGAGCUGCGGUCACUGCACGAGGAGUUCAUGGAUGGGGAAUUCGACGAGAAGACCUACAGCGACACGCUCUUUCGUCUCAACGGCACCAUGGGCCUCUGGUGGCGCUGCGUUCUGGUGCCCGCUCACAUCCACUGGUACAAGGAGCCAGAUCCAAAGAUGACGAUGAAGUGCGUGAGCUUCUCGUUGCCACAGCAGUUCACGCCAAAGUACAAAGAGCCAGGAAACCACAACAGUGGAGAAGACAUGAUACGUACCUACCUGUGGAGGUGCCAGUUUCUGCUCCCGCUGAUCUCAUUGGGCCUAGUGGUGCUUGCGGGUCUGAUUGGGUUCUGUGCCUGUCUUUGCCACAGUCUCACCCCGACCUUGGGAAUUGGAAUGCUUCACCUGCUGGCCGGGCUGUGUUCCCUAGCGACCGUGUGCUGCUAUCUGGCUGGGAUGGACCUGCUUCACCGGGCCUCUGUCCUACCGGACCGUGUGGACGGGUCCCUGGGCUGGUCCCUUUACCUGGCCCUCAUCUCCUCGCCGCUGCACAUGAUGGCCGCUGCUCUGCUUGCGUGGGCGGCGCGCAGCCACAGCCGGAACUACUACCGCAUGGCUGCCUACCGGGUCGCCUAGGAGACGUGCCGGCGCUCGGCGGGGUCGCAGCUUCGCUGCCGGCGGCCACGGGGUCACCUGCCCUGUCGUUCCUAUGACAUGUCGUUGGGGCUUGAUUUUCAACAAAAGGGCGUUAUCGCACUGCAACCUGCUACUGCAUAUCACUAAACUUACAGCGUAAUUACCCUUCUUUCUCUUUUUUUCGUUCUUUUUUGUACAAUGGAGAUCAUUUUUAUUUUGUCUGAAUAGGCUCGGUUCCAAAUCAAAAACCCAACUCAGUGACACCUGUUGAUGUUGAUUAAGCUGAAUAAGUAUAUGGAAGAUAUCCUCUUUCUGUUUGUAGCCUAUACCCAUCCACUUCUUUCAGAUCUAUAAAAGCGCCUAGUGUACAGUUGAUCUGAAGGCAACCGAAAGGGCCUGAACAAACUGUAGCAUUUAUUAUACCAACGGGUAUUUAAUUGUGUAUGAGAAAAACCUGAAUGGUUAAAGCUGCGUCACAUCAUAGGGACGAGAUAGAAACACAGUUGAACUAAUAGAAGGUCAAACCUUCAAGAUUUUUUUUUUGGUGGUGAUUGAAAUAUUUGAGCUUUUCAAGUCAACUUGAAAAUAUAUAAACUGCAUAUUUUAGUGUCAAUUCAUGGAGUAUGGUAUAUGUUGUGGUGUCAUUAUUUAUUAGCUUUUGGACGUUUUGUAUGUUAUUUGUUAUGUUUGUGAGAUUUUGAUUCUGUUCAGUUCUAUUUCAUCCCCAUUAUAAAAUGCAGGGUCCCUGUCAGGAUUGGGGUCAAUUCCAUUUCAAUUUAGGAACUGAAAUGAAAGAGUAUCUGUUUUAAUGGUUUAUGUUUAGGAAAAAUGUAUAACUUUCUGAAUUGACUAUAAUUAAUGUGGAAUUGAUGCCAAACCUUUUCCUGACACCAUGUAUUACCCCCAGUUAACACUGUAUGGUGUGAUUUAUAGUGUUUUUUUUCUCUCACACAUGUAGUGUCAUUCUGACCUUCACACCUUUUGAUUUUAGAUGUGGUUAUUUCGAUUAAGUUGUUACAUUCACAUAUUGUCACAUUUAGCUUUUUUUUCUCUCGGUUUACUUGUAAUUGUGUUUAUGUUUAUUACACUUGUAUGGCAUAGGCUAUUAUUAAUAUUUUUGACAAUUCAACUGUGAACUGUUAUUUUUUUGAGAUUUUGUUGAGAAUGCAUGUAAUGUUGCCAUAUGAAAAACCUUUUUCUUUGCAUUUUCAUUUUUCGGGGAUCAUAACUUUAAGUGCUUUGCAAUCAAUGCUACAUAUGUUAAUAUUGAUUUGCAUUAGUUGAUAACCACUGGCAUUGUACAAUUAACUGUAAGGGCACUUUCGUGGAUGACUGGUAACUUCAUCAAAUCUUGACACUGAGAAGGAAUAGAGCCUCAUGUCUUCAGACACAUGGCAUGACUGCUAACAAUUGCCUGAUUUAUUCCUGCCUCUAACAUGAGUUUUGUCGUGAUCAUGUUUUUUUGUUUACAGCAAGAUCUGAUCAGAAUCGGAUCACGAUGUGUCUUAAUCGUCUACACCGGUCUAAACAUAUGGCCACAAUCAGAAUGGGUACCAGAUCAGGACAAAGGACACGUUAGAUCCAGUUAUAAAUGGUUCUUGGACUGGUUCUGUGACACACAUCAAAGCCUAUUCUGGAACUCCAAUGAGGUGGAUGUUUUUAGUCCCAGACCAGGCUAAUCUGUGUCACGAAACUGGCACCUUAAUGACAAGUUGGGUUAAAACAGGUAAUAUUCAUGAAGUAAUGUAGAAUUUAGUAUGCAAAAUUAAACAAAAUAGCUGGGUUAAGCCUUUUAAAAGUGCUGUAUUUAAAGAAAGAAACAAAACAGAUUGUACUUUUCCGUAGUAUUUUCCGCUUGGCAAAUGCAAAUCCAACAUACCUGCUGUUCUCUCUGCCUCCAAUGUAGUGUGUGUAGAUAGAGCAAAUGUUAUUGUCUGAGCAACAGUGAAACUAUUGUGAAUGUAUUCGAUUAUAAUCCAAGAGACGUCUUGGGAGUAAAAAGCUAAUGUUGAAGAUGUCGAGUUGUGAGCUAGCGAUGAUAUUGUAUGGUUGCGUGAAUGAGUGUGUGUGGCUUCUCUCAGCGAAUGCCGUCGUUUCAAUAA